CAUGCGUGCGUGUGGCCGGCAUCAGCUGAUCCAGCGCCGCUGCCGGGGAGGGAGGAGAGCUUCGGGUGUGCCGGCGCCGGACAGUUGAACAGGCAAAAUGGACUUCUCCAAGCUACCCAAAAUCCGUGAUGAGGACAGAGAGGCCUUUGUUGGCUAUGUCCAUGGAGUCUCUGGACCUGUGGUCACGGCAUGCAACAUGGCAGGAGCUGCUAUGUACGAGCUGGUGCGAGUGGGCCACAGUGAGCUGGUGGGGGAGAUCAUCCGCCUGGAGGGAGAUUUGGCAACUGUCCAGGUGUAUGAAGAGACAUCUGGUGUCUCUGUAGGAGAUCCUGUACUCCGUACUGGCAAACCACUGUCAGUGGAACUAGGGCCUGGCAUAAUGGGAGCUAUUUUUGAUGGUAUCCAGAGGCCUCUCUCAGACAUCAGCACUCUGACCAAAAGUAUCUAUAUCCCUCGAGGUGUCAACGUGUCAGCGUUGAGCCGAGAUGUCAAAUGGGACUUCACACCUUCCAAAAACCUGCGGGUGGGCAGCCACAUCACUGGUGGAGAUAUCUACGGCGUGGUGAACGAAAACUCCCUUAUCAAGCACAAAAUCAUGCUGCCCCCACGGAACAGGGGGACAGUUACAUACAUAGCUCCACCAGGAAACUAUGACACUUCAGAUGUUGUCUUGGAACUGGAGUUUGAAGGUGUAAAGGAGAAGUUCACUAUGGUGCAGGUCUGGCCUGUACGUCAAGUUCGUCCUGUUACUGAGAAGCUGCCAGCCAAUCAUCCUCUGCUGACUGGCCAGCGGGUCCUGGAUGCCCUCUUCCCGUGUGUACAAGGGGGCACGACGGCGAUUCCCGGGGCGUUCGGCUGUGGGAAGACUGUGAUCUCCCAGUCGCUUUCCAAGUACUCCAACAGCGAUGUCAUCAUUUAUGUGGGCUGUGGGGAGCGAGGCAAUGAAAUGUCUGAAGUGCUGCGAGAUUUCCCUGAGUUAACAAUGGAAGUUGAUGGCAAGGUAGAAAGCAUCAUGAAGAGAACAGCUCUGGUAGCAAAUACCUCCAACAUGCCUGUUGCUGCCAGAGAAGCCUCUAUCUAUACUGGCAUCACCCUGUCUGAGUAUUUCCGGGACAUGGGCUACCAUGUCAGUAUGAUGGCAGACUCCACCUCCAGGUGGGCUGAGGCCCUCAGAGAGAUUUCAGGGCGGCUGGCUGAAAUGCCAGCUGACAGUGGUUACCCAGCCUACCUUGGUGCCCGUCUGGCCUCCUUCUACGAGCGAGCUGGCAGGGUGAAGUGUCUGGGCAAUCCUGAAAGGGAAGGCAGUGUCAGCAUCGUUGGAGCUGUCUCUCCUCCAGGCGGUGACUUCUCUGACCCUGUCACAUCUGCGACUCUAGGCAUUGUUCAGGUGUUCUGGGGCCUGGAUAAGAAGCUGGCCCAACGCAAGCACUUCCCCUCUGUCAACUGGCUGAUCAGUUACAGCAAAUACACCCGGGCCCUGGACGAGUACUACGACAAGCACUUCACAGAGUUUGUCCCCCUCAGGACAAAGGCCAAAGAGAUCUUACAGGAGGAAGAGGACCUUGCAGAGAUUGUACAGCUUGUGGGGAAGGCUUCCUUGGCAGAAACAGAUAAAAUUACCUUGGAGGUUGCCAAGCUGAUAAAAGAUGACUUCUUGCAACAGAAUGGUUAUACACCUUAUGACAGGUUCUGCCCUUUUUACAAAACAGUGGGAAUGCUUUCCAACAUGAUUGCGUUCUAUGACAUGGCACGGCGGGCCGUGGAGACCACCGCCCAGAGCGACAACAAGAUCACCUGGGCCAUCAUCCGGGAGAACAUGAGUGAAAUCCUCUACAGACUUACCUCCAUGAAGUUCAAGGACCCUGUCAAAGAUGGUGAAGCAAAAAUCAAGGCAGACUAUGCUCAGCUGUUUGAAGACAUGCAGAAUGCAUUUCGCAGUCUGGAAGACUAGACUCGACUCCUGUGACCACUCCAGUUUGUCCUCUCGAUUUCUCAUCUCAACUCCUCUGCUUCCCUACCUUACAAGAAUGAUGCAACAGUACUUGAUAAAUAGCCCUGUGUUUUCCCUGUUCAUACUCAAGAGACUGUCCUUAUAAAACAUUCCUCUUAGUUGUGUUUGGCAUUGCUUUGUGUGUCUGAACGGGUGAGUGAUGUGUGAAUGGGCCCAGCUGAGUGAGGAAACGCUGUUGUACACUUCUAGGGUGGGAACAUGUUCACCUUGCCUCUCCCAGCUCUCUUGGUAACUCAUCUUUCACCUUGAGGUGUCACCAGUUGAGCUGUAGUAGCAGAGGAGGUGCAGAUCUGGCUGCAGUCACACGGUACGUUCGGAGCUGGCAGUGGUGAAGGCAUUUCCAGCUGGCACUUUGCUAAGUGACUAUCAUGACACACAAUUCCCUCCUCUCAAGCAGGAUUUUGGACCAUAGUCUGAUGACAUGUUGAUACAGCCACAAAUUCUUCACUACUCUGCAGUGCUCAGCUGAGUCUCAAUAAAAUGUGGUAGUUCUGGGUCUCCCCAGGAAGGGACUAGCUGGAAGCUGAGCACCUACAUGCAGCCACUAAGCUUUUCUACACUGGAGAAACAGAAUCUUACUUGCCUACUUCUGACAGAGAGGACUCCUGGCAUCAGGUGAAUUCUAAGCCAUAGGUGCUCAGCUUCCAGCAUCGUUUUACCUUCUUGCCUCCUGCUCACCCCGUAACAUUUCCUGACACUCAGUUGCUUUAGUUUAUGCUGCCUUUGAGUGUUGCUGUGUAGUGCAGGACACAGCAAGCGGCGACGCCACGCAGGCGUCCUGGGAGCGCGCCCCUUGCUCUGGUGCUCUGUGUCCCCACGCAACGCCUGCCUCACCUGUGCUCAGCCUUCCUCCUCCACCUGUGCUCAUGGGGCCUGUUUGGUGGUGGCACAGAAGGUCCCCAGUUCUUGCAUAAGAUGAAUGUAUGAUACUAAACUGGGGGUAGGGGAUGAACAGGGGGAAGACUGACAAGUUCAAAGUCUAUUUACUUCUACCUUAAUUAGGAUGCAAGAAAACCCAGUGACUCCGGUCUAAUGCUCUUGUGC